UCGCCACCAGAGCCGAUGGUCUUCCUUGCCGCCGACGACUCGGCGCUCGCGACCCGCGUCGUGCUCUACCUCCAUGAGGUGCUGCACUCGCCCGCUGCCAACGAGAUCAUGAUCAAGGUGCAUGCGCUGCUUCGCUGGUGCGGUGUCCCGCCGCCGUACCCGGACGCCGAGCGCACGGCCAUCUCGGUGCUCACGACGAUCGCGACGCUGCUGCUCUACUUCUUCCUCUUUGGGAAGCGCCACCGCCGCCGCCGCAACAAGCUCCAGCAAGAGCUUGAAGAGGCCACGCGCAAGGUGCAGGAGCUCGAAGAGAAGCUCGCCGAUAUGGACGACGAGGAAGACGGCAACCGAUCGGGGAAGAAGAAGGAAAUCCGCAUCUGGAUGGACGGCGCGUUCGACAUGAUGCACUAUGGCCACAUGAACGCGUUCCGCCAAGCCAAGGCCUUGGGCACGUACCUCGUGGUGGGCGUGAAUGACGACAAGAGCAUCACGGCGUGCAAAGGCGCGCCGCCGGUCAUGGACGACGACGAGCGCAUUGCGUCGGUCGCGGGCUGCAAGUUUGUCGACGAAGUCGAGCCGCACUGCCCGUACAUUAUGAACGAAGAGUACCUGACCAAGAUGAUCAAGAAGCACCGCCUCGACUACAUUGUGCACGGUGACGACCCGUGCAUUGUCGACGGCAAGGACGUGUACGAGGUCGCCCAGCGCCUCGGCAAGUACCGCACGAUCCCGCGCACGGAGGGCGUCUCGACGUCAGACAUCCUCGGCCGCAUGCUUCUCCUCAACAAGGCCCACCAUCGCCACGACACGGUGACGCAGCUCUCGUCCAAGGUCAAGGCCAACUCGUCGGCGGCGCUCCAGCAGCGGCCGUCGCGCUUCCUCACGACGAACCGCAUGCUCCGCCUCUUCUCGGUCGGCAACAAGGACCCGGCCCCGACCGCACGCGUCGUGUACAUUGACGGCGCGUGGGACAUGUUCCACCCGGGCCACGUCGACAUCCUCAAGAUGGCCAAGGCGCAGGGCGACUACCUCAUUGUCGGCGUCCACAACGAUGCGAUCGUCAACAAGCACCGCGGCCUCAACUACCCGAUUAUGAACCUCCACGAGCGCGUCUUGAGCGUCCUCGGCUGCCGCUACGUCGACGACGUGCUCAUUGACGCGCCGUGGCAGGUGACCAAGGAGAUGAUUGCGUCCUUGCGCCUCGCUGUCGUCGUCCACGGCUCGCACCGGGACGUCGAAGACACGGACGCGGCCAUGGACGACCACUACGCGUGCGCGCGCGAAGCCGGCAUCUACCGCGAGCUCCCGAGCCCGCGCUCGCUCGACGUCAAGGACAUUGUGGACCGCAUCGCCGAGAACCGCGAGCGCUUCGAGAAGAAGUUUGUCAAGAAGAUGGAGGCCGAGAAGGAGUACUACGACGACCGGUACGCGCAGAAGAAGUAGAAUACGACCGCUGCGUAGUGUCCAUCGUGCAGUGUGCUAGUAUAUAUCAACACAGACCUUUUGUCUUGCCCGA